GCUUGUUUUUCAGGGUAUUUUCUUUUUUAUGUUUGAUUCAGCAAUGGCUUACCAGUACCAGCCAUGUUUUUUCCUCCUUCUUUUCUGCUGUUUUCUGUCAAUGCGUCUGUUCUAGCAUUUCAGAAACGAUCCAAAAUCAGUGCCGUUGAUCUGGCGGCGCUGUCAGCCAUCAAAGACUGUCUGAUAGACAUUCCAGGCUCAAGAUUCUUCUCCACUUGGGACUUCACCGCACCAGAUCCUUGCUCCUCAUUCACCGGCGUCACCUGCGGUUUCAACGACCGAGUCACCAUUCUGUCGCUCGGCACUGGCCUUUCCGACUCGCCUGGCCUCGCUGGCUCCCUCUCCCCUGCUCUUUCCAACCUUACCCAGCUAACCCAACUCAUCCUCUUCCCUGGUCUCGUCACCAGUCCCAUCCCUCCCCAACUGGGUCAACUCACUAGUUUUCGAGUCAUUUCCUUGACCAACAACCGUUUAACAGGACCCAUACCACCCUCCUUUUCUACUCUCCCCUUCUUACACACUCUGGAUCUGAGUUCAAACCGGCUCACCGGGUCCAUCCCGCAAGGCCUCAUGAAGCUUCCAUCUUUAAAAGUUAUGGUGUUGAGCUGGAACGAGUUAACAGGGGAGUUACCCAGAACAGUGUCGGCGCAGUUAUUACACUUGGAUUUGAAGAAGAACAAGAUCAGCGGACCGUUGCCAAGGUUACCGUCAACUGUCCGUUACUUGUCAGUGUCGGAGAACUGGAUGUGGGGCCCACUCAAGGCCCUGGAAUCGCUAUCCAAGUUAGUGUACCUGGACGUUAGCAUGAACCAAUUUAGUGGGCCCAUCCCUUCUUCACUCUUCUUAAACCCCUCCCUCACUUCACUGUUUUUGCAACGGAACAAUUUAUCGGGUGGCCUCCCAUCAUCAAUCAAGAUGGACCCCACCUUCCAAUCCUACGGCGGCCAGGGAUCCAUCGUGGACUUAAGCCAUAACUUCAUCACGGGGGAUAUAACCCCCUUCUUGGCUGGGGUGGAGACUCUCUUCUUGAACAAUAACCAUUUCACUGGGUCUGUACCUGAGGAGUACGUGAAAAGCGUGUACGACGACACCACCAAAACUUUGUAUUUGCAGCAUAACUAUCUAUCCAGAUUCCCAUUACCUCAAGGUUCCACUCUGCCUAAUACCGUCUCCUUGUGCUUGUCCUACAAUUGCAUGGUGCCGCCCGUUGAGAUAUUAGCCUGCCCGGCCAGUGCCGGAAGCCAGCCCUCCAGGCCGCAAUUGCAAUGUUCCGUAUUCACCCAUCGUGGCUCCACCAACUGA